CUUGUGUACAAACAGAAAGGAACUAAACAAAUGAACUGAUUCCUGUCAGCCAAACGUCAACAGAAGUAUGGAAGUGAACGCCGAUAAUUACGCUUCUGGGUAAUUUUUUAACAAAAUCAUCGGCCAUCUUAUAUUUCAGCUGAAACCAUGAAGAGACAGGCUAAGAAUCUGCUUCUGGAUAGAAUGCACCGUGGAGUCGUCUACACUUGCAUGGGAUUAACUCUUUAUGGCAGUUACAUGCUCGGAGUUCGUGUUUAUCGGUAUUUCACUGUUGUUAAACCAGCUAGGCAAGCAGAGGAACUAAGAAUGUUGGAGGCUGGAGCUGCGAACCGAGCACCCGCUUUGGAUACAGCGCCUACACUUUCGUCAUAAGACAGAAGUCAUUUCAAACUACUAUGUAAAACCUUCUAGUUCUCGAUCAAAGUAAUUCUCUUAUUUCGCAAAUAUAUUAUGUAAUUGGAAAAAUGGAAGUGUGUAGAAUGGUUUUGUUCAGCUUAACCGGAAACUUUCCCAUCCAUAUACUUCAUAUUGAUCGACGCAAAGUGGAGGAACAAAACCAAUGUUUCACCAUUUUUAUUUCGUCAUAUUCAUUCAUUCACAGCAUUCAUUUAAAUAAAACAUUCGAUCAAUUUAAAGUUAAUGAAACAUACAC